GUUUGUUCAUGAGCUGCAGUUCCUGGGCGGACCCCACGCACAGCUGGGUUCGCUGUGCCUAGAUCCGCCUUCCCAGCCUGCAGCCUCAUGAAUUUGGGGCUGUGGGGUUGACAUCGGAGAGGAAGAAGGAUGGACGGGUCAACACCUUGAAGCCGAGCUUCUGGAUCCAGAAAAUGGGUUGCUGGAGGCGACUGGGUCUGCUUUCCUUGCUGCUGCUGUCCUUCUCCUGCUGUGCUGGUGCACGCCGCAGCCUGAAGACCAACCUGUGCAAGUGGUGUGACUCCACGCCGCCAGCCUGUGAGCGGGAGGUGUGCUACAGCAACUGCAACCUCAACUCCUACUGCGAGGACCCCUUUGAGAUCUGCGUGGCCAUAUGGAGACAGGACAACGACAGCAUCAGGAUCAGCACACUCUGCCACAACCCCCACCGCCCCAUAGAGAACCUCAUGGUCCCCAACUACAACACCUCACGCUGCAUCAUGACCCACCAGCCCAGCGAUGAUGGUAUCAUCUACAUCUGUGGCUGUGUGGAUGAGCAGGAGUGCAACGAUAAGCUUAUCUUUGAAAAUCAUACUAAUGAUGUCGUGGGCCCCUCAAGGCAGCUCCUUCCUCCGUGCUUCCCUCCCCACAGGCUACUCCAUGCUGCAGAGCAAGGAGGUCAUCCCGGUGGCUGCCAUCAGCCUCCUGCCGCCGCUGCUGGUGGCGGUGAUGAUCACCGUCAUCUUCUACCUCUGCCGCACACAGAAGCAACGCAAGAGAGCCAAGAGCUGGGUUGGGAAGCAGGGGCAGGGUCCAGCACUGCAGGAGCCAGGCAGGGCUGCCGAACGGGACGAGAAGCUGUCCGUGCUGAUGGAUGAUGGCCCGGCCACCAUGAACCCCACCUGCGCCAACAGCCUCAACCACAACACCGAGCUGCUGCCCAUUGAGCUGGAUGAGAUGGUGGGCAAGGGGCAAUUUGCGGAGGUGUGGAGGGCUAAGCUGAACCACAGCAGCUCAGGGCAGUAUGAGACAGUGGCAGUGAAGAUCUUCCCCUGUGAGGAGUAUUCUUCCUGGAAGAACGAGAGCCAGAUCUUCACGGAUGCCAGCCUCAAGCAUGACAGUGUUCUGCAGUUCCUCACGGCUGAGGACAGGGGCUCAGGGCCACGCAGGGAAUACUGGCUCAUCACUGCCUACCACAGCAGGGGCAACCUCAAGGACUAUCUCUCCAGACACAUCCUGAGUUGGAUGGACCUGCAAAAAAUGGCAGGGUCACUGGUGAACGGGGUGGCCCAUCUUCACAGUGAUUACACAGCCUGUGGCCGGCCGAAAAUCCCCAUUGCUCACAGGGACAUCAAAAGCACCAACAUCCUGGUGAAGAACGAGCAGGAGUGUGUGAUCUGUGACUUCGGCAUUGCCAUACGCCUUGACCCCUCACUGACGGCAGAUGACUUUGCUAACAGCGGGCAGGUGGGCACUGCCAGGUACAUGGCCCCAGAGGUCCUGGAGUCCAGGGUGAACCUGGAAGAUCUGGAGUCUUUCAAGCAGAUGGACGUCUAUUCCAUGGCCCUCGUUCUGUGGGAAAUGGCCUCCAGAUGUGAAGUGGUGGGAGAGGUAAAGAAUUACGAGCUGCCUUUUGGGUCAAAAGUGCAAGAGCAACCCUGUGUGGACACCAUGAGAGACAUUGUGCUGCAUGGCAGAGGGCGGCCCGAGAUCCCUAGCAGCUGGCUGGUGCACCAGGGGAUGCGCUUCCUGUGUGACACCAUCACGGAGUGCUGGGACCACGACCCCGAGGCCCGCCUCACCGCACACUGCGUGGCCGAGCGCUUCAACCUGAUGGCGCAGAUGGAUUGCGACGACAUCCUCAACAACAACACGGACAACGAGGUCGGCAAAACAGCCUCUGCGGGAGGGGAGCAGCAGGACAAUGAUGGGAGCAGGAGCAUGCCGUGAUGCAGCAGCAGGAAGCCUCAGCACGAGAGUCCCAGGAAAGGAACUACGAUCUAGUGCAUAACUUAUUUAUUACAUCUGUUUCCUCCCAGCGAUGAGCUGAACUGUGGAAUCAAUUUACUUUUUUUUUUUUUAGUUGCAACACUAUAUAUGAACUGAUUUUGUACUUACUUUAAGUGUAUAAUGGUGCAAAGCAUUUCUUUUAUUAUUUUUUAAAACAAUAACAUUUAAUCUUUCAUUAGUAAGUACGUGAACUCAAUGCCCAUCUUUGGAAGUCCUUCCAGGCUGUCAUCAGGAGCUUCUCUCCUAACUGCUCACUCUGCACAGCUCACACAUUUUUUGAAAGGCCCUCACAUAUACGCAGCCCAAAAAGAAACCCCAAAAAAAGAUGAGGUAGCAGCCUGAGAUGUUACAGGUUGCAGUGGAACAAAGAGCAUGGAAGUUACUCAGGUGAAAUUUCUUCAACAGUUAAAAAAAAAAAAAAAAAAACCAAAACCAAGUGACCAAUACAGGCACUGCUGCUCCAGAGAUCUCCUGCUGCUCUAAGAGAUCUCCACUCAGCGUUGGCAAACUCUACCUACCAGCACACCUCCCACACCCCUGCCACCAAUCUAGUUCCCAGCCACCCCCAACCAGAUCUUACCACACUAACAGUGCCAACACAAGCACGUUGGCCAAUUCUUCCUGCGGUUACUUCCCCUCCUCCACAGCAUUACUCAACUUGAAGAAACACAAUCAGACAGAGUAAGGACCUUUACUCCCCAUAACUCCCAGACCGAGCCAGGCAGCCUCUGCAGUAGAAAGGCAAUUAACUGAAUGAGAAAGGUAAGUCACACCACACCAAACCACAGCGUUGUGCAAAUCUUAAUCCUUCCACUCUUGUAAGCAAAGGUAAUAAAACCUCUCGCUGUACCAAGUCGUCCUGCAAGCCCAUACCUGAUGUGCACCUACACAGAGGUUCUUUCAGGAUAGCGUGAAAGAGGAAUGCUUUGCUUGCCAGCACAGCACGCCUGGCUGCUCCUUUCUAUCACCUUACAGUGCUCAAGUGAGCCCCUUCCCUCAAAGCACACCUCCAGUUUGUCAUAACUAUACUCUUUUCCACGUCAGUCUCAUUUAACACAUUAGUGACUGUCCUCUGUAUGCCCAGAAGGAACAGGAGGCACUAGGCAGCUUUUCUCACACCAAACUCCCUCUAAGCUGUCAAACCCUUCUUUCCUGUACCAUCCAGUGCAGUUUCCUCACUGUAUUUGCAUCAAGUUGUUUGGACAUAGCAACAAUGUAUAUAUUUAAUACCUCUUCCCAAUUCAGUUUGAGAGGCUUCAUAAGUCUCUGUCUGGCCUUCCAGAGGUGACCGGGACACAGAGAAGAAUCAACCUGGAUGCAAACUGGAAGUUGAAGGCUGCUCCUUCACUUCUGAAGGCUGAAAUGGAAAUCCUCCUUAGAAGCAAGCCUUCCUCUAGACUUGACAGUUUCCACUGCAGAUAUUCUUCUCAAAAGAAUGCUUUCAGGCAUAGAGAGGGGAACAGACUGAGAAGCUUCUCUAAAAAUAAACUCUAGUCUCCAAUUUAUGUAUUCAUCUUUUCCCCAUGCAAACCAAGUCAACAGUCACACAUUUUGGAUCAUACAGUUGAACGCACACAUUAAAUAGAAGCGAUGCAUCAUGCUACCCCCAAAGAGGGCUCUAAGAUCUGCUCAGAGAGCCCUAAAAUUACCAAGGAGGAGCAAGAACUUUGCUCAACUUCACUGGAGCUGAAUCAAGCCAUAAAGAAAGGAACACAAGGCUAAACCCUACGUUUUGCCAUGCUCCUCAUUUAACUCACUGUGGUUCUACAAAGUACCUACACAGGAAGCAGCAUCUCUUUCCCCUCCACUCCAGAAGGUACAAGAUGGAAACAACAGCAGUUACGCAAGAGAAUCAAAUCUGGUCAGUGUUAAAAAUACACAUUAGUCUGCUGAGUACUUGCAGCUCUUAGGAAAAAAUAAAAUAAAAAAAAAAAAUACACAAAUGUCAAAACUUGAGUUGGAUAUUCAGUAGCUAGAAUUAAGCUAUUUUUCAAUUCCAUCCUUUGUUUCCAGAAUAAACUAGAAAAUUGCAUCAUUAUUAAAUCCACAUCACGAAGUCAUUCCAGUUCUUGUGAUCAUCUGAGCAAAGGAAGACUUUAUUUUCCUAGCAGCAUCCCCACGUUAAAAGGAAUCGUCUCAUAUUUUAAGACUACUUCAGGGUUGGUCUAUUUUUACAUGACAAAAUUAGUAACAGCUUUCUCAGCAUGAAACCGCAGGCACACCAGAUGAGAGUGGAAGAGAAAUAACUUGGCUGAUAUUAUACAAAGAACACAAAUUGGUUUAGGGUGAACAUGGGAGCUUUUCAGCCAUCACUUUGACAAACUCCCCAGUCAAAGUUUCAAGCAGAGCUCAGCAGCUGAGUCAUAGGUCUGUAUUCUAAUACAGACAAGUUUAUCAGCUGAGUGUAAUCCAGGGAAGUAAGUCUAGUCAAUGUAGCAGUGAUCACAGCAGGAACCAGCUGGACCUGGCACCACCCUUGCUGUUUAUUUAAGGGGUAUCUGCUAUACGACAGAGAGAAAACAACCAGGAAACACGGAGUGUUGUCAAUUUAUUUUUUUCCUCUACCACCCCCAGCUUGGUGCAGAUACCAAAGAACUCCUGAGCUGAGGAAGCUAACACAUUGCCACCGUGAUUCCUGCCCCAAAUACUCCAACUGCCCAAGGAGCACAGCCCAGAUGGGCUGCAGACCCAGAGACAAGAAAAAGCUAGACCCACUGCUUUCAUAUAUAUUUUUAUUCCUGGUUGAACAUGAAAAUGCCCAGUAGGUAUCCAAAAAUGAAGACAGGGUAAUUGUAUAGAAUAUCACAAACAAGACAGCAGGGUCCCAAACACAUUCUUCUGCUGGAGAAUACAGUUACUACUGAAGUGCACAGUGCCAAAAUAUCUUGUUAUAACAGCCAGAGAAAGCCCAGACAGACAGAUCUCCAGUAUAAAAGACAACAAUCUACUCUUCCUGGCCACCUGACUUCUAGGUAAAGCAAACAGAACAAACAAAUCAUUUUGUAGUUUUAUUAUCCCCACCCCCAAUUCUCACAAAGGGACUAUGACUCGCAUUGAGAUCUCAGUGCAUUUCACAGCAA